AUGGCUACGCAGAAACCGGCUCCGGUGCCAACAGUUACGCCAGAGAAGACGGCUUUGAAGCCUGACCAUCACGGCAAGAAGCCAAAUGACCACCAAGGAGCGAACAAUACCAACAACAUUACCAAUUCCAAAUCGAAAUUCAGAUUGCCGCCAAAAGUCAAGGCCUGGGUUAUUCUUCUCUCACACCUUGCUGUGUGUACUGCCCUCGCCCUGAGCAUUGCCCUUGCUAUAAAUGGGUAUGAAGCUCUCGACGAUGAUUCUGCCAGCCAUGCAACGUACGUUGACGGCAAGUUGAUCCUGCGCGUUGCAGAUGUCACGACGAUAGUCUCGGCUGCUUUGGUCAUCGUCAAGCUUCUGGUUGGAGCGUGGUCGACGCUCACGGUAUGGGCGUGUGGCCAUUUCUUGCUGUCCGCUACUACUUCUGUAUCGACGGCUCAAGAUCCGAAGAUCGCCACCACAACGAAGGCCAAAGAGGUCAGCUGGAUGGUGCGAUGGAAACUGCCGCCAUGGCUUCAUCCGCGGCACUUCAACAAGCCGAAGAACCCUCGUCAAUGGGUCAUCUCUGUCGCACUCCUGAUCACUGCCGUCCAAACUUUCAUCGCCCCCAUCAUUACUGGCGCAGUGAACUGGACAUCCACCCCAGUACCAACGCCAGACACGAGGGUUUCUGUGGCUGCUGUCGACAGCACGGCUGAUUUUGGCGGCUGGAAGUGGUACAACUACCCUUUCGAGCCCUUUGGUCUCGACCGCAAGCCGUACUUGCGCACCGCAGCCGGUUACGCAGGUUUGGUGUGGAGCGAUCAGACGACCACGUCGGCAAACGGAACGUCGUUGACUGGCAACGGAUGUCGGCAUGUCGUACAGAGCCAUGACAUGGUGGGCCCCAACUCGACCCUCCUCAAUGCCACAGUGCCUUGCAUCCGAAUCCACAGCCUCGAGUGGUACAGGGCUGACUAUGAAGUCCCUCGUGCCGAGUGGGUUUAUGUCGCGGACUCGAGCAGCCUUAGUAUUGUCGAUGACCCUCCCUCGUCAUACUACCGACCCGGAACGGCGGUGGUCUUUGACGACUUUGUCGGGUGGAACAAGUCACAGGACUGGUACAGCAAGCCGGCGCCGACAAUAUUCAACAAGGCGCAAACCGUGGGAAUGAUGGUCAAGCGCGUCGCGAACCAGGAUCCGCCUUGUUCUGCGCUCGACCCAACAAUCUUUGGGAGCGUGGACCACCUGAGUCGAUAUCUCCUCAAUUGGGGCGACUCGACGAACGGAAACUGCUACUUUAUUGGCAGAGUCAACUUCACCGCCGGAGUCACCACCAGCCCGCAAAGCAAGUACGUCUCGAAUCGCGUUGUCGAGGACCAAACGCCGCUGGACGAGGUCGUCUUUGAGGAAAACCCAUGGGUCCAAGAAGCCGUGUGGCUGCUGCCAGACCUGAUGACCAUGAUUGCUGUCAUGAACUCGACCCUCCUGCCCACGUUCGACAACAUCGACCACUACGUCGAGCUUCUGAUGCGUCAAGCAUAUCUCGCCGCAUGGGACAUGUACCACGACUCCUUUGACGAAGACCAGAAAAGCCUGGCCUACACCGCAAUCCCCAGCGUGUCGAGACAACUGGCCGAGGUAUCCUUUGCCAGGGUUUUUGCGUGGCUCGCGAUUUGCGCCCUCAUGACCAUAUUCGGAGCCUUGCUUCUGGUGGCUGUUUUGGGAGGCGACGAUCUCACACCCGCGAAGGAGGACCUUCAAGAAGCGAGGGAGGAGUGGCACGACGAAGAAACCGAGGGACUCAUUGACGUGGUUUAUACCUUGCUGUGUGGUUAG